AUGGAGUACGCCACUUUUUCAAUAACUGGCGUUGGAGUUUUCACGAACAUUUUUCAUUUGGCAGUUUUGAACAACAAAUCGAUGCGAAAAUUCACGAUUAACAUAUUUCUUAUUGGAAUAGCUAUAUCUGAUCUUAUACGGAUGAACUGCAAAAUGUUUCACACCGCAACAAAGUUUUACCAGCUUUAUCAAAGUCAUUGGGGGUCGUGUGUUCCUCGAAGCUCCUAUCUGUUAAUGGCUAUUAUUAACUUUUGUUCACCAACUGGCCAUAUCUUCGGUGCUCAUUUAGGAAUAUGGUUUGCAGUUGGUAUGGCUGUUAUACGAGUUUUAGUGGUUAAAUAUCCACUGAGUAGCAGAAUGAACUCGCUGACCAAGUCAAAAUAUGGAUCCCGAAUUGUAUUCUUCAUUGUUCUUUGUAUGCUUCCAUUCUGGAUCUUUGACUAUUUCCAAGUAACAGUAAUACCGGCCACCUUACCUUCAAACUGUGCAAACUUUUCCGUAGAUUCAUAUCAAGUUCAGUAUAUUUUAGAAGAAACUCAUAUAUUCGACAACGAAAGAAUUUAUGAAAUCAAUGUAUUUGUACAGGGACUCUUAUUCGAGUUCACCCCAUCUAUUAUUCUACCAAUUGCAACUUUAUUAUUGGUAGUCGAGAAGAGAAGAGCCAGGAAGUCAACAGAGUUAAUGAAAAGCGUGUCCAACCAAAACAGCUCGGAUCGAUCGACGACUCUCGUGAUUUUUAUGACCAUUACAUUCGUUAUUGCUACAGCACCACGUGGAUUCUCCUAUGUUGGAAAAUUUAUCAUAUCCCAAGUGGGUGAUGAUAAACCUAAAUUGACACUACAGAGUAUGAUUGUUGGAUUUAUAAUCAAUUUUAAUUCUGCUAUACACUUCUUGUUAUGUUAUUGUCUUCACAAUGUCUUCACAAUAUCGGAGUGCGGCGAAAGAAUUGUUCAGAAAAGAUCAAGAAAAGAUCUCGGUUGUUAUUCUGUCUUGUACAAAUAUGAAAUAAAAUAUUUUGAAAGAAACUGGAGCUUGGCUGGAAAGUAUAUUUCAAUACUCCUUUGA